AUGGUGUUGACAGUUCCAAUCGGACUGUGGUCAGGUCGGAAUGUCAACUGUAAAUGUACCUGCUUCGGUCGAAUCGAGUCCAACCUUGACAAUGUCGAGUACUGGAUUUAUGCUACCUUUGAGAGCGGCCAGAUCUUCAUUUGGAAGGUUUCCGAUCAGAACAUCAUCCACAAAAGCGUCCUAAUACAGGACUCUGAUGCAUCUCCGAUAGUGAGCACAUCAUCUUACGGGAAGAAUCAUCUAGCAACGCUUUCCCUCUCCGGGUUGAUUCAGUUUUGGCAUGUUCCUUCUGGCCGCGUAGUAUUCUCAAUUCAAGCGUCUGAUCGUCUUGGAGGUCUUGUUACUCUCUCUGAAACAUUAAUAGCUGCUUUCGGCGAACUCAGUGAAGUCCUUGUUUUCAGCACAAAAACUGGAAAGCGCGAGUUCUCACUUGGCUGCCGUUUGUACCCGGACUGGAUAACUUGCGCGGUCUCAAUAAAUGUCCCCGAUCUAUCAGUUUUGCUCGGCAUAACAGCAGGUGGAACUUUGAAAGUAUGGCGCGUCUCAACAGAGCAUCAACAAUCGCUAGAAGAGCCACUUUGGGAGGAAGAGUCGAAGCAAAUCCGAUCAUGCGAGCAUCCGAUUGUUCUGAAAUUAAGGAGCGAAUACGCCCUUGUCGUCUGUAAGAAGUCCUUCUAUAUCUUGGACUCAUCGGAUUUUUCAAGCAUAUCUUAUCAGUCGAUUGAUAGCGAUUGCCUCGUCGAUGGAUUUUUCCUUCAAGGAAGUUCAAACUUCGCCAUCGUGUCGGAGAACAAAGCUCUGAACUUGUCAUAUUUCACGAUCUACACAACAGCGAACCUUAAGCCUCAAAGUGCGGAUGACCAAUCUCCGCAGCUCAUUUGGCGAACGUCUGCUCCCCUGCACUCGAACUUUCAACUUUCUGGAAAACGUCUUCAUUCAAUUGCUCCUUCUCUUGAGAUCUCUACAUAUGUAGCGCAGGAAGAUUCACUAAUUGAGAUAGCUAAAACUGCUUCUUGCAGUGGAGUUGAAGGCGAACUUGAUGUAUUUUGCACGAAUGACUCCUACAUCACUGCGGUUUGCUUUGUUGAAGAAAAGGAUACCCUCAUAUUUGGUCGUUCUGAUGGACAUCUUGUUAUCGCUCCUGCAAUUCCUUCUUUUGCAAAAUGUGUUUUUGAUAUUAACGAAGACGUAGAUGUCUUUACAUCUGCAGUAGCCAAUUACGCCGAGAUCACUUGUCUCAUGUACCCAUACCAGCAUAACACCGCUUCAUAUGACGACGAUGUCUUUUUUGUUGGUAGCGCCGACUUCUCUGUCUCAGCAUGGUCGCUAACACAUAAACAAAAGUUAGUAGAAUUCCACAAUCACAUGGCUCCACUGCUGAGUCUCACAAUUUCCCCGAUAAAAGUCGGCAAAUCAGCUGGCACGGCCGUUUCGAUCGAUGUCGAUGGCGGAAUCUGCGUAUUGCAUCCGAAGACGCACCAAUGUCUUCUUUCAGAUCCUGGCUUUGGUCAAGCGAUAAUUGAUGUCGCUUGGACAAAUGAUGGGUACCUUAUUGUCACUCGUGAAGACGGAUCAUGCAAGACAUGGGAUGCAUAUUCGAUGGCUCUUGAACGGGAAACUUCUUCCUCUCAAGCGAAUGAAAUUCAGUCAACAGCUGAGCUAUAUCCCCAUGAUAAACCUCCGGCAAGGAGGCAGCAGCUUAUUUUUGUCCAACCAAUGUUUCUUGAUCAGCUUGAUUCUCCACCAAUUCUCAAGUGUUUAUCAUUUCACUUCGAUGUCGAAAAAAUGGUUCAAAAUAUCAUCCAGCACUAUCGACUUAAUCAAACAAGUAACAAGAAAAUGCCAUCGCGUCAAGCCUCUGAAGACAAAUCACAGCCAAAUUUAACCAAUACUCUCAAGACAACAGGAAUGCAGUUAUUUUCUAGCGUCCAGUCAAAAAUAAGAGAAUCGCGCUCAGGUCGCCAAUCUCCAGCAACUCCGACCUCACCAAAGUCUCCUCAACAACAAGCUACAUCGCCAUCGAAACUUUCCUUAUCAAGCGCGCCAUCACUAGAUACUUCUGAAAGUGCCAUCUUGGGACCUCAAUCGCUAGCAUUCGGACGUAUUCUUAUCAUGACCUUGCAUGCAUGGGGACUUCAGCCAUCUCUUGAUGAGCUUCUAGUGACGAUGAUAUCCUUUGCCCGACCGAAAAAGUCACUGAUCUUUGGAGUCCGUCGUCAGAGCUGCUGUGUUUUCUUUUUCCCUGAAGAACCAGACAAUUUUAACGAGCACUGGAACAUUUCAAAAGACUUGACGAAUCUCCAUCUCAUGUCGAUUGGUUCUCUUUGCAACAGUUUGAUGAAUUUGUCCGAAGAAUUCCUCGGUGAUGGUAGACAGUGUUGGUCUGGACUAGUCACUCUCCACUGCGCCUUGCUAAGCGAUCUAUUAGAAAAGUACACUCCCCUGCUCUGGAAACACUGGCGAUUCGCUGGUCUGAUCGUGUGCAAGAAAUUCGCGAAACGGGACAAAGCCUUCUUCUUGAUCAACUAA